AUGGCCAAAGCCCGCGUCAAGAAGCGCACCCACCUUCGGCCCCAAAAUGCCUCUGCGGCGGCCAACAAGGCUGGCGCUGCCUCCAUGAACAAACCCCCAAAGUCUAUGGUUCUUCGUGUAGGCGGCUCACAAGUCGGUACAAGUGUGUCCCAACUUGUCAAGGAUGUUCGUCGGAUGAUGGAGCCCGAUACAGCCGUUCGAUUGAAGGAACGCAAAUCUAACCGACUGCGCGAUUACACCGUCAUGGCCGGUCCUCUCGGUGUCACACAUUUAAUGCUUUUCUCCAAGUCAAAGACUGGUAACACCAACAUGCGUCUGGCUGUUACACCUCGUGGCCCUACCAUGCAUUUCCAAGUUGAGAAUUACUCGCUCUGCCGCGAUGUGGAGCGCGCUUUGAAGCGCCCUCAGAGUGGAGGCCAGGAUCAUAAGACACCACCCCUUCUGGUUAUGAACAAUUUCAACAGCCCAGAUGCGACAGAGAAUUCUAAAGUGCCGAAGCGUCUCGAGACCCUUACUACAACGAUCUUUCAAUCCCUCUUUCCCCCUAUCAACCCUCAGGCCACCCCUCUUCAUUCCAUUCGUCGUGUCAUGUUGUUGAACCGAGAGCCCUCCGAGUCCGAAGACGGUUCCUAUGUCCUGAGUCUACGACACUACGCUAUCGCUACAAAGAAGACAGGUGUAUCAAAACGCAUCCGCCGCUUGGAUCCUAAGGAAGUCCGAAACCGUGAGAAGAAGAAGUCCGCUGUUCCAAAUCUUGGAAAAUUAGAGGAUGCCGCCGACUACCUGCUUGACCCUUCUGCCGGUGGUUACACAUCUGCCAGUGAGACCGAGCUGGACACAGACGCUGAAGUCGAGAUCCAAGAGAGCACAACCCGACGAGUCCUCAACAAGCGCGAGCAGCAACGCCAGAAAGCCGCUGAGAAGGGCGAGAAGAAACCUGCUGCUACGCCAGGUGUGGAGAAGCGAGCAGUUAAGCUCGUCGAAUUGGGACCCCGUUUGAAGCUCCGAUUGAUGAAGGUUGAAGACGGUGUCUGCGAGGGUAGAAUUAUGUGGCAUGACUUUAUCACCAAGAGUGAGAAGGAAAUCAGGGCAUUGGAUCAGAAUUGGGCUGUUAAGCGCAAGGAGAAGGCACAGAGAAAGAAGCAGCAGAGAGAGAAUAUUGAGAAGAAGAAGCAGGAGAAGGCUAAGGCUAGAGCCCGUGGCGAGAAGGUGGAAGAUGAUGAUGAGGAUGAGGAUGUUGAUAUGGAUGAUGAUGAAGCCGAUUGGCUUAGUGACGAUUUUGGUGAGGAGGACGAGGGUGGAGAAGAUGACUCUGAUGAGUCUAUGGAGGAUGAAGAGUAA